UCAGGUAGUCACAUUUCAUGGACGUAAAUUUGUAAAUAAAUCACAAUCGAAAUGAUUUUAUAACCAAUAAAAAUCAUCACUCCCAAGACGAUUCUUUCUAUCCUUAAAUAUUCUUCUUCUUGCACCACAUCUUCUUCAAUUUAAAUCUGCCCCGUUAUCGAACAAUGAAGCAUUCGUAAAGGAUUUUAUGAAAUUACUGCGAAACAUUUAUAGUCGAUGUUAUCUCACGUAUUUUGGAAGUUGCGUCGAUACAAUAAACAUUGAUCCGAUGUAUGAUAAUUAAUUGUAUACACGAAAUAUAUGAACAUGUAUAAAGUACGGAUUCUGCACGUCAAACGUCUUCAAUUUGCAACCAUUAGAACUAUAAUGUGUGCCACGGAGCGUAUGUCAUUUAUUACCCCACCCGAAAGAUACUGUCUUCAAUGCAAAAAGUUUGAACGAAAAUGGCAUGGUUCAAAACUUCAAACAUCGAAUUUUCAUACUACAAAGACUCUGUAUAUAUCGCCUUUUGUCAUGAUGAUGGUGUGCACAUCUUUGAAACUCGGCUCGAUUUGUACCGGAUAUUAUAUGAGACGUUUGUGGUUGAAAAAAACUCCAAGCAAACAGGAGGAGUAUAAAAGAUGGUACUGGGAAAGAAGAAAUACAUUUUUUGGUUCUUUGGUUGUUGUGUCUUCGAUUUUAUUGAUUUACUAUUUGACGCAUUUGGAGAGAGAUCCAAUUGAGAAACGUCUACGUUUUAUAAUGUUUGACGAAGCAGACCAAGUCGCAAUCGGAAAUUAUAUUUUUAUGAUGCUAUCGACGGUAUACAAAGAUAAGUUCGUAUCGACAUACCACCCCAUGUAUUGGAGACUAUCCAUGAUAGUAAAGAAUUUAGCACAUGCUAAUAAAGAGAUAUUUAAAAAUACAAAAUGGUCUAUCCAUAUAAUCGAUUUUCCAGUCGCGAAUGCGAUGGUUCUACCCAGCGGUCACGUAUUUGUUUUUUCUGGUAUCUUCAACGUGGUAAAUAACAACGACCAAUUAGCAUUUAUGUUAGCGCAUGAAAUGUCGCACGUUAUGCUCCUACAUACGGUUGAAACGUUCUCUUAUGAAAUCAUGAAGAACAUCGUAAUCAGUAUACCAUUGUUUUUCAUUUGGUCGUGUUUUUCUAGCUGGAGAGCAUUGUCGAUAUGUCUAGGAUCUGGUUUACUUCACAACAUUUUAUUUUUCUACCCUUACCGUAGACGCUUAGAAAUUGAAGCGGAUAAAAUUGGAUUUCAAAUAGCUGCAAAAAGUUGCAUAGACGUAAGAGAAGUUCUAACCAUGUUCGAUCAAAUAGAAAAGAAUACCGACAUUAUGGAAGCAAUGAAAUACCAAAUACCGCUUUUAAUGACGCAUCCUACUUUCGAGAAUAGAAAGAAGAGGAUCGUUCGCGAGAUUCCGAAUGCUAUGAAACUGCGAAGUCAAGCUGGGUGUCCGCAGUUGCAUUCAAGAAAUCGGCGAAAAGAAUUGCAUUUACUGGUGGAACUCGAAGAUCUUUUGCGGGAGCAUGGAAUUCUUUAAAUGUAGUCUUUUUACAUCUGUAUAUAAGAGAAUAAAUAAAAUGUUAAAUUUGUU